UUGCAGCCGUAAUAUGUCAGCAGACUGCACCAGCCGCGGGCGUAUCGUAUGGUAACCGCCGCCACUGCCCGAGCUAAAGGCGGCAUGUAAUUAAUAUCCGGCCCAGUUUCUGCCGGCUUACCUAAUCAUAUUACGGCCCUUUACCCGAUCGGGAAGGCUUGCUGUCCUAUUUUUCUCUUCGUCUUUUCCGCCGGCUCCAACUUCGACCUCAAUCGUCUUUCUCUCGCAACGUCCGUCUUGACUCUGCCUGCUUUUGUCUCGCGAUAUCCUGCAUUCGAGCUUCUAUCUCGCCCUGUCUGCGAGCAAUUGACUGGUUCUACCCGUACGUAUCCUCGUCUGUCUUUCCCCUGCAAGCCAGCCCCUUUUAGCUGCCCGGAGUAGCUGUGUCGUGUGAGUUUAUGGGAGGUUGUAUGCAGCUCAUGAGCUGAUCUAUUGAUUGUUGCUUUUUCUACGAUGCCGUCCGAGCCUCUUUGGUCGUUCAGCCCAUAUUAUCUCCCUAGUACUCGCUGAGAUCUGUUCUAUUACUUUUUUUCCCCUCUCUCAGAGGUUGUUUUCUAAAUCCUAACUAACGGAAGAAUUAAAAAAGCAGAUCCUGAAUUAUACUUACACUUGUCUCUCUUGAACAAAGGGAGACGUUCUGAUGACCUCGAGUUCGUGUGAGGCGGAACGGCAGAUAUAGUCGAUAAUUCCAGCCUCUUUCGACAUCCAUUAUAUACUCCCAUACUUUUGGUGUCCUCUUUGGCUGGUGUAUUUGAACUUCUUUUUGCAUCCCUUUGAAACGGGACUAAAACGUCGAUAAAAAAAACAUACUAGAUCGGGCGGUCCGGAAAAUCAUAUCUUAUAGGUAUGAAGAAACAAAGCAGAAGGACUUUUAGCAUGUUAUUAGAGACAGAUGGGCUAACCGGCACUUCUUCGCAUUAGAACGUCUUUUUUUUUUUCCAUUUUCUAAUAUAUUUGUGAAUAUGUUUCGAACAACAAGAGCUGUGACGCUGAAGGCGUCCGGAGCUUCUUCCCUUCUCAGGCAAUCGUAUACUCGCUCGAUAUGUUCUGGAGCAAGGUCAAAUCUUCAGCUGACAGCCCGGAAACCUCUGGGUAUUGUUUGUGCCAGAAAAGCCUGGGAGCAGACCAGGGGUUAUGCCGUUGCGACUGGCGAGACCAGCAAAGGAGUCGACCCAAAUGACUCUUUCCUCCAGGGCAACACCGCUAACUACAUCGAUGAGAUGUACAUGGCCUGGAAGGAGGACCCUCAAAGUGUCCACGUUUCAUGGCGUACCUACUUCCAUAACAUGGAGGAGGGUAAGAUGCCCAUCUCGCAAGCCUUCCAGCCUCCACCUACCAUUGUCCCUACUCCUACCGGCGGUGUUCCUCAACACAUGCCCGGAAACGCAGCCGGAACGAAUGUCUCCAACCACUUGAAGGUCCAGCUUCUUGUCCGCGCGUAUCAGGCUCGUGGACACCAUAAGGCAAAGAUUGACCCUCUCGGUAUCCGCGGUGAGGCCGAUUCUUUUGGAUACAGCAAGCCAAAGGAACUCGAGCUGUCGCAUUAUGGCUUCACUGAGAAGGACCUUGACGAGGAAUUUGCUCUUGGCCCAGGAAUCCUCCCUCGCUUUGAGACUGAGACCCGCAAGAAGAUGACUCUUCGUGAGAUUAUUGAUGCCUGCGAAAAGAUCUACUGUGGCUCUUUCGGCGUGGAAUACAUCCACAUUCCUGACCGCGUUCCUUGUGACUGGAUCCGUGACCGUAUCGAAAUUCCUCAGCCAUACAAGUACUCUGUCGAUGAGAAGCGCCGCAUUCUAGAUCGUCUUAUCUGGAGUUCCAGCUUCGAAGCCUUUUUGGCCACUAAGUUCCCCAAUGACAAGCGCUUCGGUCUGGAAGGUUGCGAGACCCUGGUACCCGGCAUGAAGGCAUUGAUUGAUCGAAGUGUUGACUAUGGAGUCAAGGAUAUUGUCAUCGGUAUGCCUCACCGUGGCCGAUUGAACGUUCUCAGCAACGUCGUUCGUAAGCCCAAUGAGUCUAUCUUCAGCGAGUUUAGCGGUAGCGCCGAACCAUCUGAUGAGGGCUCGGGAGAUGUCAAGUACCAUCUUGGUAUGAACUUCGAGCGCCCAACUCCCUCUGGAAAGCGCGUUCAGCUAUCCCUCGUUGCAAAUCCCUCUCAUUUGGAAGCCGAAGACCCAGUUGUUCUUGGAAAAACUCGCUCCAUUCAGCACUACAACAACGAUGAAAAAGAAUUCAACACUGCCAUGGGUGUCCUUCUUCACGGUGAUGCCGCAUUCGCUGCCCAGGGUAUCGUUUAUGAGACCAUGGGUUUCCAUUCGCUACCUGCCUACUCCACUGGAGGAACCAUCCAUAUCGUCGUUAACAACCAGAUCGGUUUCACCACUGACCCCCGUUUUGCCCGAUCCACCCCUUACUGCUCCGAUAUCGCCAAGGCCAUCGAUGCUCCAGUCUUCCACGUGAACGGUGAUGAUGUCGAAGCUCUUAACCACGUCUGCCAGUUGGCCGCCGACUGGCGUGCCCAGUUCAAGAGUGAUGUUGUCAUUGACAUCGUUUGCUACCGUAAGCAAGGCCACAACGAAACCGAUCAGCCCGCCUUUACCCAGCCUCUUAUGUACAAGCGCAUUGCCUCCCAGCAGAGCCAGAUCGAUAAGUAUGUUGAGAAGCUAUUAAAGGAGAAGACCUUCACCAAGGAGGAUAUCGAUGAACACAAGAAAUGGGUCUGGGGAAUGCUCAACGACAGCUUCGAGCGCAGCAAAGACUACACCCCAACCAGUCGAGAGUGGCUCACUUCCGCCUGGAACGGAUUCAAAACCCCCAAAGAGCUUGCCACUGAGGUCCUCGGUCACCCUCCUACCGGUGUCGAAGCAGAGACCCUCCAGAUGAUUGGUGCUAAGCUUGGAAGCAUUCCUGAGAACUUUACUCCACACCGCAACCUAAAGCGUAUCUUGGCCAACCGGGAGAAAUCCAUCAAGGAAGGCAAAAAUAUCGACUGGUCCACUGCUGAAGCUCUUGCUUUUGGUACCUUGUGUAAGGAGGGCCACCACGUCCGCGUGUCUGGCCAGGAUGUUGAGCGUGGCACCUUCUCUCAGCGUCACGCCGUCCUCCACGACCAAGAGAACGAGAGCACCUACACUGCUCUCCAGCACAUCAGCCCCGACCAAGGAUCCUUUGUCAUUUCCAACUCCUCCCUCAGUGAAUAUGGAGCGUAAGUUCCCCCUUAUACCGAUGUGUUGUUAUCAGGCUAACUAAUAUUUCCAGUCUCGGCUUCGAAUAUGGCUACUCGCUAACCUCUCCUAACGCGCUUGUCAUGUGGGAAGCUCAGUUCGGUGACUUCGCCAACAACGCCCAAUGUAUCAUUGAUCAGUUCAUUGCCUCUGGUGAAUCGAAAUGGGUUCAGCGAUCUGGUCUCGUCAUGUCUUUGCCCCAUGGAUAUGACGGUCAGGGCCCUGAGCACUCUUCCGGCAGACUGGAACGUUACCUCCAGCUUUGCAAUGAGGAUCCUCGCGUUUACCCAGCCGCCGACAAGAUUGACAGACAACACCAGGACUGCAACAUGCAGAUUGCCUACAUGACCUCCCCCGCCAACUUGUUCCACAUCCUCCGUCGACAGAUAAACCGUCAAUUCCGAAAACGUAAGUUUAUUUUUGUCUUGACUAUUUUAAAUAUAUCAGGCAAGUACUAAUUGCCUCCAAUAGCAUUGAUCAUUUUCUUCUCGAAAUCCCUUCUCCGUCACCCAAGCUGCCGAUCCUCCAUCGAGGAAUUCACUGGCGACUCCCAUUUCCGCUGGAUUAUCCCUGACGACCAACAUGGCAAACAGAUUGAUGAGCCUGAGAAAAUCGAGCGUGUGAUUAUGUGCUCCGGUCAAGUCUGGGCUGCCCUUACCAAGCAUCGUGAGACGAACGGUAUCAGGAACACCGCCAUCACCCGUAUCGAACAGAUGCACCCCUUCCCCUGGCAACAGCUGAAGGAGAACCUCGACAGCUACCCCAACGCCAAGGAUAUUGUCUUCUGUCAAGAGGAACCUCUCAACGCCGGAAGCUGGAGCUACAUGCAACCCCGCAUUGAGACCCUCCUCAACGAGACUGUCCACCACAACAGGCGCCAUGUCCUGUACGCCGGUCGUAACCCAAGCGCUAGUGUGGCCACUGGCUUGAAGAGCAGUCACAUCAAGGAAGAGCAAGAUCUAUUACAUGACGCUUUCACCGUACACCAGGAAAAGCUCAAGGGCGAGUAGAUCGCACAAGAAACUAAACAGAAAGCAGAUGGGAGCUGAAGUGUCUCCCAUUGAAGAUAGCAUUUCUACAUGCAUGAGUGUGAUGGCCUUUCAUUUGUCCUUUUCACAACCACCUUUGUUUCUAUAGUGUAUAAAUCCGAAUAAUUUCCCUUUAUCGCAUCCAUUCCCGUCCUUUUGCAUCGUUGUUCUUCCCUUUAUAUAAGUGCUAUACAAAACCCGAAGCUAGAGUUCUUGCUCACUAAACCUCAUUGCUGAGCUAACACUACGUCAUCAGCAGCAGCGCAAGAUGCGUUUCAAUUUACAAUCCCAUAGCCAUCAAUGGCCACGUUCAAUAUUCUUUUGGAGAAGAUACACGCCCUAAUACAUCGAACUCAUCUCUAUAUCUAGAACCUAUCCGGCACGAAAUAAUUGAAAAAUAGCAAUAAGCAGGCUAUUUUUAAUAACAAACCUUGUUUUAAUUACAUAAGCAAACUUCUUCCGCGCUAAACCCGAAUAGGCUCCACUGCGGAAAGCUUCAAAGUCACGCUUCUUUUCUGCGUCUUCGUCGGCUUCUUCGACUUCACGACUUCAGCUUUACAACUUCGCCAGGCGGCUGGUCUUUUGCUG